AAAUAAUGACUUACUUUUAUUUAUUUAUUUUUUACAUGUAUGCAGAUUUUGGGAGUCCACACCGAGCCGGUGAUCACUCUUCCUGAAAGAUUGUUUCUAAAUGUAGAGGCUGCUGUUAAACACCACUUUGGCCAGCAUUACUAUACCAUCACUCUUCCCUUGCCCUUGGGUGGAAAAUCCACUAGGGAUCUGAACUUUCCCACAACCCUCUCCACACCAAACCUGAUUGUGCCUCAUCUUGGUCUGGAGUUUGAAUCUGCUAGCAUUAACCUUCCAGAGGUCUUCAUUCCUAAGAGUGUGUCGCUGUCUGUGCCAACUCUCGGAUUGGUAGAGUUGUCCGGAAAACUAAACAGCAACUAUUACAUCUUAGAUGCAGCUGUGUCUGCAGCCAGAGAUCCUGCUGAAAGUUAUUCUGCAAAGUUUGAAGUCACUGGCACAAGUCCUGUUGACCUCCUCUCCCUAAAGGUCGAAGGAUCUGCUCUAGUUGAGACCACACCUGGCGAUCCUCUCAAGGCGAACGUAAAGGCUGUGCUUCGCCACAAGAUAAUCGGUGCUACGAUUGGUGUUGAGGGGGAAUUGGAAUUUGCUGAAAAACUCAGUGUGAAAUCCAAAAGCAAGCUUGAAGUAACUAGCCAUGUUGGAGUGCAAAUUUCAUUGGAGCACACUGGACAGUUUGGCGUUGAUGCCGAGGAGAUCUCUGGAUAUGGAAACCUGGAAGGAUUCUUCAAGGCUGGUUCAGUCCUUGGUUCAGGAAACCUUUUGCAAUCAGUCUCAGUCCUCCCAUUCAGACAAGAGGCAAAGAUGAAUUCUUCACUGAAAGUAGAUUCAAAACCUCUUCAGGCUCCCAAGUCAUUUGCUGUAUCCUUUGCCAAUGGACACAACACAGCAUAUGACAACCUUGUAACAUGGCUAAACAUUGCUGAAAUAACCUUCAAGGAAUCCCAGCUUGAUCUAAAUUCUCAUACGAAAGCACAGGUUCUUGGCCUGAAGAUUCAAAACGUGGUUGAGACCAGAGCUGGUGUUGAAGCAGUUAUCAUUAAGAUUGAGACCUCAACUUACAGCAUUGAAGAACGUAUCCAUUCCCUGAUCACAGGAGCACUGGACAUCAGUGGUCUAGCUAUUCACAGUGACGCCUCUGUUAAACUCAUUGGACACCAAGGUGUCCACAAAGCCGUUCUGAACCUCAAUAAAGAUGGCCUGAGAACUAAUGGCACAACCUCACUGAAAAGCCUCCUGAGUCUGCAGGAGCUUAAGCACACCUUUGAGAUCACCUACAAAAACGAAACUGCCACUGCUCAGUGCAAAACCAUUGGAGAAAUUAUGGGAAGUCUCAUUGACCACAACACUGAGCUAGAGAUUGCUGGACUUUCUGGGAAAAUCAAAAAUCAUAUACGUUUCAACUCCAGAUCAUUUAAUUUUGACACCAACAGUAAUGGUACAUCUAUUCCAUUCAGUUUCAAUUUUGAUGCCAGUGUGAAUGGUAAGGAUAAAGCAUACUUCCCUUAUAUACGUACAAGGCAUGAUUUUACCGCAAAAGUCUUUCUAAAAGCAGAACCACAAUCCAUAGCUCACUCUCAUGAAUGCAAAAUCUCAACCAGCCUUGACCUAGACAACGGUGUCAACAUUAAAUCACAAUUUGAAAGCAUGUCUGACACUUUGCUUAUCCCCUCUGAACAAAAGAUUAAAGUGACAAUUAAGGCUGAAGUGAACGACUAUGCCAUUAAAAAGGAAAUGAGCGCUUACAACAGUCCAGCACGGCUUGGGCUGGAAGGGUCUGGAAAUGUGCGCACCAAUCUGUUCAACACUGCCAACAGUGCUUAUCAGGACUUUGCAGUCUCUGGCUUCCUAAAGUAUGACAAAAGCACCGAUACACAAUCAGUUAGCUUGCCUUUCAUUGAAAGUUUUUCACGAGUCCCUGAAAACAUCAGAAUAACACUUGUGAGCAUGGGCGAGACCCUGAUGAAAUACAUCAACCGAGAGGGGAUUGCUUCUAAAAUUCAGAACAUACCUCAUCGUGUAAGUGACUGUGUGUCUAAAUUGAACUUUGAGAGAAGAGCUCUGCAGCUGAAACAUGCCUUGAAAACUCUGUACCACGAGAACGCAUUAAAGCUGACAGGUCUGAUCGGUGCUUUUGAGAAAUUAAUGAGUGACAUGUUCAAUGGUUUCAGUAAGGCAUUGGAUAGUUUGGAGGAAUUGAUUGUGAUGGGUAUGCAGAUUGACAAAGUUGGUGAAAUCCUACCAAAGCACAUCAAGGUAUUGAUAUUUUCCAUCAUUGAGGACGAAAAAAAUAUUCUUAGCUUGAUCAACACCCAAGGUUACUCAAAGCUGAAUGAAAUCAUCCAUCCUGCCAAUGCAGAGAACAAGCUUGACAGUCAGAUUCCUGCAAUUUCGACAUCUCUUCUAGUGCCAUCUUUUGGAAAAAUGUAUGGUGAAUUCAUAAUCAAAACACCUCUCUACAACGCCAGAACCUCUGCAGAGUUCAUGAACGCCUCAGAGAGAUUCCCUUUUUUCACAGCUUGCAUUAACUCUAAAGGAACCUCUGCAAACCUCAACGUUCUGAGUUAUGAUCUAAAAUCCACAGCACAGAUAUCGAUUCCCGAGACGAGUCCUGUAAUAGUGUCUGAAACCUUUAAGUUAACACACACUGAAUUGACUUUAGACCAACAGGCAUUGUUGACUCUGAAUGGAUCUGCCUCUAACAAUACUGUCUUUCUUGAAACUUCAUACAAAAACCAGGUGAGCAUCCCCUCGCACUCGCUGUUUGGUGAAGUUACCCUGAUUCAGAAGGCUGUAGCUUGCCAGGGUGAUGCUGCAUUCACACUGACAGUUAAAAAUGAAGGAACUGGCAGAUUUGCCCUUCGAGACUUCUCUGAGGAAGGCACCCAUAAGAGUGACUUGUAUUUGAACAUGGGCAUUGGCGCCGCCAAGCUGUCUUUUAAUUGCCACACUGAUAGCGAUGCUUUGCAGAUCAAGAUGAAGAUAAAAGUGAAUGCUGAUGCUGUUGCUCUAAGCCACCUUGAAUUCAAUGCUAGUGUUGAUACUGAGUCUCCAUUAAUCAAGAACAGUUUGGUGGUUGUUUCUGGGAAGGCUCGUUUGGGCGAUAUGAUGGUGGAAAUCAAGGCAUCCCAUGUCACAUCGGUAGUCGGAGCUGUCAGCGGUGUCCUCUCUAAUGCCGCCAAUAUCAUGACUUGUCCUAGUGAGGUUGCUAUUGACUUUCAGAACAGGGGUAUUGCUAAGAUCAACCUCUUCAAGUCUUUUUUAGCCAAUGUUGAUGUCCAGAAAGACUUCACUGUUACCUUCAACUCUGACAUACAAGAAAUCCGCAGUGUGUUAGUCGCCUUUUUUAACAAUUACAACUACAGACAUAACGUCACAGCCAGCAAUAACAAAGCUGAGAUGGGUAUUUACGCUGUUGUGGAUAGUUUGGCCAGCUUUGGGUACUUGAAUGCUGCAGAAAUGUUUGUGCCAGCCAUUUUCAAGAUUCCAGCAACUAGAGAGCUGAACUUGAAUGAUAAUACUGGCCGAUGGUAUGACUUUACCACAAAUGACCAGCCUGUUAAUCUAAGUGCCAAACUUGUCUACCAGAAGAGCUGGUUUGCUCCUGUUGUUGAUUUGGGUCUCAUUGUCCCUUCAUUGGGUAACCUAGUCUCUGAGGUGUCUUUCAAAUCCUCUAUUCUUAACCUCAAUGCUAAUGCAGGCAUUUACCCGAAGGAUUACUGGAUGCGUGUGAGUGCCACAACUGCCUCCGUGUUUCAGGGAUUGAACGCCAAGCUUAAUGGAACCACUGGCCUGUCCACAGAAAGUGGAUUGAGACUGGCCUCUUGUUUGUCUUUGGAGAAUGCCCACAUUGGCGGUUAUCAUGAGAGUACCUUGACUCUGGAAGACAUCUAUGAGGCUGUGUUGUCUGUGGACACAUUUGCUAAGAUUAAUCUGACAAGCUUCACUAUUGAUGCCACUCAUCAUCUUUCUGCGGACCCCAAGGUCCAUCCAAAGGCAAAAUCAAACUUAAAGAUCAAGUACACCUUUGAUCGUCCAGAUUCGGAGGCUGCAGGACAUGGAGAUGCUGAGAAUACAUUAAAGCUGGAUGCAACUCUUUCCUUCAUCUCCAUUGAGUCCGAAACCCAAGUAACCACAAAUUCUACAUUCACAGAUUCUAUUGAACUUAAGGGAGAAAUGGACAAUAAAGCUAACAUCUAUGUGAGCGGUGAUGGUCUGAAAUCCAAUCUGAAGACUACUGGAAAUGGGUACAUUGAUUUUAAAUAUUCCAAGUUUGGGUUUGAUAUUAGUGACCAGCUGACCUUGGAAGGAGAUCUUGACCGUAUGUAUUCUUUGCUAGAAUUUGAUUCAAACUAUACAUAUUUCCAUCACAACUCUAUGGACAUUGCAAUAAACCACACUGCUCUUGGUAAAGUUGAACUUGUUCCCCUAAGCACCCUCUUGGCUGCUGUAGACAUAUUCUUGACUCAGCCAAGUGAUAGUGAUUUUGAUGUUAGACAUACAGAAAGAAGUAUUCGUUUUUCGGAGUUAAUUAGAAAAAUAGAGAUUUUCUCCCGUUGGUUCAAUUCGAGUACAGAAAUAUCUGCAGAGUAUAGAGGUGUACCCGUCUCAAAGGGUGUGUGGUGGUUCUCUUCUAAUCUCACAUCUCCCUCUACACUUCUGGAGUAUCAGGGUGAAAUAAUUUUAACUCUAACUGAUUGCACGGUUAACAUUAAUUUCUGUUGAAUACACACCGGAGGAAAUAUUUCAUUAAGGGCUUGAUUUCAACGUAUCAUUGGGCUUUAUUUACUGUAUGCUUGCUCACCUUAGGGCUCUUAAUCACUGACAUGAACAGAUCCAGAAUAACUUUAAAAGUCGCUCUCAGGCACAAUGAUGUAAACAUGGUUGUCUAGUGAUUGAAACCCUGAAAUAUUCUUUGUUUCAUUUAAACACUACAAUAAAUGGGUAAUUUAACUAUAAUUAUA